CUGUUCAAGAAGUCAGCUCAAUCAGGCUCUGCAGGAAACUGUCAGUGGGGCCUGGAUACUAGGAACCAUCAAAAUGGUUGGGUCCCAUAUCUCGGGCUUCCAUCCUACUGGAACCACGAGGAUCGGAAUGAAGGAGAUCACCAGCACCAGAACGUCAAG